AGAAUAUUCAAGGAAGAACUAAGACCACGUUAGAGGGGAGGGAAAAAAAGAAAUGGGUUUAGUGAGAUGGUUUGUAGGGGUUUUAUUUCUAAGCACUUUGCUCCUUUGCAGUGCUGAUGUACAUCACUAUGAAUUCUUUGUGCGAGAGUCAAAAUUUAAGAAGAUGUGCAACACAUCGACUUUGCUGGUCGUAAAUAAUAGUUAUCCAGGGCCUGAGAUUCGGGUUCACAGAGGUGACACUGUCUUCGUUAAUGUCCACAAUCGUGGAAAGUAUGGCUUCACCAUUCACUGGCACGGUGUGAAACAACCAAGGAAUCCAUGGUUCGACGGUCCCGAGUUCAUAACCCAGUGCCCGAUCCGACCACGAACCAACUUCACCUACAAAAUCAUAUUAUCGGAGGAAAUAGGAACCCUGUGGUGGCACGCACACAGUGACUGGACUCGCAGUUCCGUCCAUGGCGCCAUCGUCAUUUUACCGGCCGAGAACGAAACUUAUCCAUUUCCCACGCCGGAUGGGGAGCAAACAAUCAUACUUGAAUCAUGGUACAAUGGGAACUUGAAGAAAAUUAUCGAUAAAGCACUUGCAUCCGGUACCCCUCCUCCCCAACCAGAUGCUUAUGCUAUCAAUGGACAUUUAGGAGACACAUAUGGAUGCCCAACUGAUACAAUAUUCCGCAUGGAAGUUGAUUAUAAGAAGACAUACCUUCUCCGCAUAAUCAAUGCUGCAAUGAACGAACAGCAAUUCUUCACCAUCAUGAACCACACCCUCACAGUUGUCGCCCUAGAUGCCUCCUACGUUCGAAGGUUCAAGAGCGACUAUAUAUUGAUAAGCCCUGGCCAAACCAUGGAUGUUUUGGUCUCUGCCAAUCGAAACGCCGGCCAAUAUUACAUGGCUACUAGGCCUUCCUCUGAUUCCGCUGUCGCGCCCGUUGACUUCAUUACUACCGGCAUUUUUCAAUAUACAAACUUUGUGGGUGGAUCGAAUGCUUCCUUGAUAACGUUGCCCGCAAUGAACAAUACGGAUGCUAUGCUUAACUUCAUCAGCCGAAUUCGGAACACGAAUGUCACUCAGAAUCCGCCGAUAAAUGUGCCGGCAGAUACGGAUAUCAAUAGACGAGUGUUCAUUACACUCGCCGUUAACGACUUGCCUUGUAAAAACUCAAAGUGUGUUGUAAGUGACGGAUUUGCUGCAAGUUUGAACAAUGUCAGCUUUGUUUACCCACAUAUUGACGUUCUCCAAGCAUACUACAGGAACAUCAGAGGUGUUUUCGCCGAAAAUUUUCCGUUUCUUCCACCAGAAUUCUAUGAUUUCACUGGAAACUUGACUGGUGUAGUUUCUGCAGUUGAGGUAGGGACGAGGGCUAUUUGCGUAAAUUAUGGGGAUGCAGUUGAGAUAGUGCUGCAAUCAACCCAGAUGGGUGCUGGUGGAAGUCACCCAAUCCAUUUGCACGGUUACAGCUUCUAUUGGGUGGGAGCUGGGCUUGGAAAUUUCAACGGUGAGACAGACCCAAGCACUUACAAUCUGGUUGAUCCACCACUCAUGAACACUAUCGACGUUCCCGGUACAGGAUGGGUUGCCAUCAGAUUUUUUGCUAACAAUCCCGGGGUGUGGUAUAUGCAUUGCCAUUUCGAAAGACAUACUAGCUGGGGAAUGAGCACUGUUUUGAUUGUGAGGAACGGUAGCACCAUUGAAACCAGCAUCCGCCCACGGCCAUCUACCAUGCCUCGUUGUCAUCGAACCUAGAACUACUGCCAGGAUACAACAAAUAGACACGUAUAUAUAACUUAUAUUAGUAUUUAGGAGUUGGAUUAUAUUUUAUCCUAUUUACUUAAUAAAUGGAUAAAUUAGUCCAUAUAUAUUACAUCAAUAAAUAAA